GCAUUGUCUACAAGCCAUUCGGAGGCCAAGUGAACAGCAGGGGCCUGCAGGGACUCUCCAGUCUGAGCACCUAGGGCACAAAGCAGCAAAGAAAAGCAACAGGAUUAGAAGACAUGAGGGUUGUGGAGUCUUUAGGAGGGUACAGCGCAAACAAAGCACAGGUAGUCUCCAUGUUUGAGCUGGGGAUGUCUCUGCAGUCUCUCAUGUUGGCUCUUGCCUUGAUCCUGGUCUUCCUGGGCCCCUGCCCUGGCAAGGCCGCCCCUCCUGGUGAGCUAGAUGAAGAGGCUUUUGAACUUGAGAACUACGACCUGAACAGUGAGAUGGACUGGGAAAACCUGGAUGUCAACAUUUAUGGAGACAGUUAUGAUUAUGAUGACUUGGAUCAAGAGAUUGAAGUGGGCACAGUAGCACCAGACACCCCUCCACCAGCCACCCAGCCCACAGCUGAAUACUAUGAGGAGGAGGUGACCCUGCCCACAUUGCCUCCAGUUCCUGUCACCUUGGACUUCGAUGGACCAGGUCUCUUUGGCCCGGAGACUGGCCUAGGUAUGCCUACCUGCCUACUGUGUGUGUGUAUUGGUGGGAGUGUGUACUGCGAUGACAUGGGCCUGGACCAGGUCCCACCCCUGCCCAAAGACACCAAACGUUUUUAUGGCCGCUACAACAAGAUCCAACAUGUCAAGAACACAGACUUCAUCAACCUCAAUAAGCUCCAGUCCAUUGAUCUAACUGGAAACAAGAUCUUAUGGGUGGAUGAGGAUGUGUUUCGCUCGCUGCCGCAGCUGCAGGAGUUACUGUUGGCUGAUAACAACCUGCAGGUCAUGCCCGAGCUGCCAGUCACCAUGAAACACAUUGAUCUGCGCAACAACAGGCUGACCAGUAGUGGGGUACAUUCUGAGGGAUUCAAGGAUAUGAGCCAACUGGAAUUCCUCUAUCUGUCCAACAAUAACCUGGAUUACAUUCCUACGCCACUGCCACUGAGACUGAGAGCAUUACACCUGCAGAAUAACAACAUCCAGUCUCUGCAUGACAACACCUUCUGCAACCGCCAUGAUCGCAACUUCAUCCGCCGUAACCUGGAGGAUAUCCGUCUGGAUGGAAACCCCCUGAACAUCAAUCUGUUUGCCCAGGCCUACAUCUGCCUGCCACGCCUGCCUGUAGGGAGUCACUGACUACUGCCAGACACUAUAGUCCACGCCCCAAAAGGAACUGUAAUUUCUGUUUCACGUGAAUUAUAUGGGUUUUGAGGGCUCAAGACCAAAACAUCAUGAGACAUGACUGAAAUAGAUUUUUUAAAGCUUCAUUAUAUAAUUUUUUGCCUUCUAAAGCCUUCUAAAGUAGGUAAGGUAACAUAUGCCUGUUUACAUAUCCAGCAGGCACAGAACAACAUUAGCUUUAGAAAAAUAGGAAGAGAAAAAUAUUGUAUUGUGGUGUUAGUGAUGGAGUGUGUCACAUGGCCCACCCUGGGAUUUAUUAUCCAAUAAAUUUGAAAUCCUGUUCCACCACCCAUCCACCUGUUCUAGGUUGACUAUAUAUGUGGUUUGUCCAUUUUGACUCUGAUGAAAACGCAAUUGUGUCAAAAUUUGUUCUGUUUACAUAACUAAAGGCUGCAAAUCAAUCAGUGUGCUCCA